UUUCUAAGUGCUGGGAUGACAGGCCUGCGCCACCGCGCCGGUUUUUUUGGUUUGGUUUGGUUUGGUUUGGUUGUUUAUUUUGUCUUUGCAGAGCUAGCACACAGGACUCUUGAUAAGAAAGAGGAGAGACAAGGAGGGGUGUGUCUCCCGGAAGCAUGCUCCUCGGUCUUCCGCUCCAGGGCGCUUGUAAUCCCACGUGACCCUACGCCAUCUUCUUGGCUGGGGCGUCCCGCCCCAGUGCGCAGACGCGGAAGCUUCGGUGACCGGCACCCGAGGUGGAGUGGGGAGGAUUUCGUCGCCCGUGGCACCCCUUCCCGGGCGUCUGGCCUCAGCAUGGCCGCCCUGCUUGUACGGAGCGUGGUAGCUUCUGUCGUGGACCCGCUCCUGCGCCUGAGUCGCCUCUCUAUGAAGCCCCGGGCCUUCUCCUCGUUCCUGCUGGGGACCCUACCGAGCGCCAAACCCUGCGCGGAGGCGCGCGCACUUCUCUGGGGCCACCCCCUGCCGCACCUGCAGCCGUCGCAGGGCUUCAAGACCAAGGAUGUCCUCAAGAGACGUUGUAGGGACUGUUACAUGGUGAAGAGGCGGGGGCGGUGGUUCGUCCUCUGUAAGACCAACCCCAAGCAUAAGCAGCGGCAAAGGUAGCUCUUGCUUUCAAGCAGUGUCCAUGGGGAAUUCGUUUCACCUUAUCAAAGAAAAAUAAAUCAAGCAUUCUGUAAGAUCUGUGGGCCUUAGGGCUUUGUUGAGCCCCCUUUCCCCCCACACCAUAGCCCAGUUCCUUCAAAUCUAGUCAGACCAGAGGUGCAGAUGAGGAAGGAUUGUUACUGUUCUGGCUCUGUAACCCUGACUAACCUGAAACUUGGCAGAGAACCCUGCCUCUGCCUCCCUGGCAUUCUUCAUCAAAUGCAGCAGAAUUCAAUGCUUUAAGAGGCUGACUGGUCCGGAAAGCUCAUAUGGGGAGCACAACAGUGCCAACCUUUACUCAAAGAAAAACUCUUUGACUCUAAAUAUCUUCUGAAACCAAUUAAAAUGUUUGUCAAGACUGUUCUAAAA